CCGGCUCUGCGCACACGCUUUCCUGGUCCGGGGCGGGACUUUGGCUUUGGGCCGGCCGCGGGAGGGGCCGGCGAGGGUCUCUGGUGCCGGAGCGAGGGAAGGCGAAGGAGACCUUACCUGUCUCUGCGGGUCCGUCCCGCGUCUGCUCCGAGAGAGGCCGCGACGGCUGGGCAGCGGCCGGCGGCCAAUGCGAAAUUGGUUGGUACUUCUCUGCCCGUGUGCGGUCGGGGUCGUGCUGCACCUUUGGCUUCUCCUCCUCAGGUGCCCGGCCAGCGGCCCCGGGAAGCAACACCCGGCAGGUCUACUGGCUUUCUUUCCUCACUGGAAACCAAAACAUUAUGAUGUUAUUGUAGGGAUACUCUCUGCACGACACAAUGAUGGAUUGCGGAAUGCUAUAAGAAAUACUUGGUUUAGGCAUUUGAAGCAGCAUCCAACUUUAAGCCAUCGUGUCCUUGUGAAGUUUAUAAUUGGUACACAUGGAUGUGAUGUGCCAGUAGAAGACAGAGAAGAUCCUUAUUCAUGCAAACUUCUAAAUAUCUCUAAUCCAGUUUUAAAUCAAGAAAUUGAAGCCUUCACUUUGCCAGAGGAUGAUACUUCGGUGCUCUCAGAAGACAGAGUUGUCACUGUGCAUUUCAAAGUCCUUUAUCCGAUUGUCAUCACCAGUCUUGGGGUAUUCUACGAUGCUAAGGGUGUUGGAUUCCAGAGAAACAUUACAGUGAAGCUAUACCAAGCAGAACAAGAGGAGGCACUCUUCAGCGCUCGUUUUAGUCCACCUAGUUGUGGAGUACAAGUGAGUAGACUUUGGUACAAACCUGUGGAACAGUUCAUUCUGCCAGAGAGUUUUGAAGGCACCAUUGUAUGGGAAAGCCAGGAUCUGCAAGGCCUUGUUUCUAGAAAUCUUCAUAAAGUGAUGGUGAAUGAUGGCGGUGGUGUCUUCAGAAUUAUCACGGCGGGAGAAGGAUCACUACCACAUGAAUUUACACAGGGUGUGGAGGGGAUCGCAGGUGGCUUUAUAUAUACUAUUCAAGAAGGUGAGAUACUUUUACAAACCCUGCAGAGUCGCUCUGAAAGAUUCCUAAACCAUAUGAACAAACUAGAAAAGGAGGAUGUCUUACUGAAGGAAGAAAGCAACAUUUACGACGAUAUAGUUUUUGUUGAUGUUGUUGAUACUUACAGAAACGUUCCAGCCAAAUUACUGAAUUUCUAUCGAUGGACUGUAGAAGCUGCAAGUUUUGAUGUCCUGCUGAAGACAGAUGAUGACUGCUACAUAGAUUUAGAGGCAAUAUUUAACAGAAUAAAAAUUAAAAACUUGGGCAGACCAAAUAUCUGGUGGGGAAAUUUCAGAUUAAAUUGGGCAGUUGAUCGGACUGGGAAGUGGCAAGAAUUGGAGUACCCAAGUCCUGCAUAUCCAGCCUUUGCUUGUGGGUCUGGUUAUGUUAUUUCCAAAGAUGUUGUAGAAUGGCUAGCAAGCAAUUCUGAAAGACUCAAAGUAUAUCAGGGUGAAGAUGUGAGCAUGGGUAUUUGGAUGGCAGCCAUUGGGCCAAAAAGAUACCAGGACGAUCUCUGGUUGUGUGAGAAGACUUGUGAGAGUGGUAUGCUGUCCUCUCCUCAGUAUUCUGCUCAGGAGCUUGCAGAGCUUUGGAGAAUAAAGGAACGCUGUGGAGACCCUUGCAAAUGUGAAGAAAAAUAAGGGUGGCAAACACUCUAAGGAAAACUGUAGAGAGAAAAGAAAGGGGAAGCCUCAGAACAGAUGUUCCAUCAGUCUCCUAUGUAGUCUGUUACUGGUGACAAAUGUAAGAGUAUGUUGCUAGCCAAUUUAUGCUUCUACUCCACUGGUUACAUACAGUGUAUGUUUAUUUCAGUAUGGCGUAAACUACAGACAAACUUCACACAUUCUUUAAAGAAGUGUUUUCAUGUAGAUAAUUUGUCUAGUGUGAAAUGGCCCUCAGGGCUAUAUUUGCACACCUAUCCCCUUUUUAAUAAAUGGACACAUUUCAUUUUUGAACAUACUCUUUUACGAAGCCAAAUAUGAAUGUGAAUUCUUUUAUUAAUAUAUUACAGAAGUAGAUAAACUUGACUUUUCAUGCAUUUAGUGUAUACAAGAGUAAAGAACUGAGGAUAAACUGAGAAAGGCAGAUACAAUACUGUACAUAUUGCAUAUUAAACUUGCACUUCUCUGCCCAUAUGCCUUGCUAGAGAAGACCCUUAACCAAGGCAGACUGCACAGAUGUGUUGGCUUCUAAUGAAUUGGGGAUCAGACUGAUGUUUUAAUUUCAGUCUGUAUUUCAAAUAUGAGGGAAACAGUGCCUCUUGCUGGGACUACUGAUAUAUUAUCAUGUAACUCCUGUAAAGAAGGAAGUUAGAUGCUGUAGUAAUUCUAUUUAUCCUCUGUGUACUUUCAGCCAACAUGCAUAUUAAAUACUAGGGUCCCCGUACUUCCCCCCCCGCCCCCAGGUUGAGUGAUUUUUAUGCUUUCUGGUAUUCUGUGGCUAUUGGGAUGGGUUGGUAAUGAAAUACCUCAGCUUUUAAUUCUCUCAAAUAUGUUAUUUGUAUAGUAGUGAGUGGAAGGUUUGUUGAGAGUCCCACUGAUUUUCGUAAGUUACUAGUGUAGCACAAAUGAAUUACUUUUUAUUUGAAGCUGGCAAAAGCUUUCAUUUUUCUCUUACAAGCAUGAUAUUUCUUUUUUCUUUAAAAACAAGAAUAGAAAAGCUUGUUUACCAAACAGUGAUACAUUUUUAUAAAAGCUUUCCCCAACAAUACAAUUAAAAAUCAGCCUAAACUUUGUUAGCAGUGUGCAAGUUAUCUUAAAAUGUAUCAAAAGCAGAUUUUACCAUCGCACUAGAAUGCAAUCUUCAUUUUCAAUAGAGUAGAAUUGCAAGGGCUUUAGGUCAUUGUCCAAUUCAAUUUCUUUGCCUUUCAUCUAGGAUUUAAAGAAAAUGAUUCAGAUAGAUAUUAGAUUUGCACAUUUUAAUCUAGUAUAUCUUAAAAGACUAAGAUGGAAUAUAAAGGAAAGGAAGCUAAUCUGUUUCAAAACAAUAGUACUGCUUUUCUUAAAAAGAAAUCAAUCAUCCAACAUUAUAGAGUGCAAUGUAUUGAUUUUAUCAGGGUAACGAGUUGUAUUAUUCUGGAACAUCUCAAUUCAUGUACUGUUGCAUUAUUGAAUUUGAGCUUACUUUAGAACUUUCAUAUGAUAGUUUCAGUUCUGAGCCUGGAAUUUUAAGUAGACGAUACAGCAAUCCUUUGACCUUCUGAAUAGUCAUAGAAUCUACAUUAAAGAGAGAAUUGUUUAACUAUAGAUAGAUAAUACUUGACGCCACAGCAACUGAAAUUCUAGCAAAAGCUGAUACUGAAAUAGAUUUGUGGGAGUUGAGCUCCUGCAGUUCACGGAAACCAAUUAGAAUAAUUUAAUUUGACAUUAAAACUACUACUCUUAAGCAAAAGUUUACCAAAUUAUAUGUCUACUUUAUAUCUACAACACACUGACUGACCUAAGUGACCUUCAAAAUACUAUUUAUGGCAUUAGCUCUUUUGUACCUUAACACUAUGAGUGAAGCCUUUUCCUCUACUUCACAGUACGAGGCCCCCAAAUCUUUAUGUGCUAAUUUGUCCAGAUUACCAUUAACCUUAUGCACUUGUAUUUCAAAUUAACAAUAUGAACAUGAAAGUGUAUUUUUAUAGUAAGAUUUAAAGGAGUAAAAGUUUUAAGAAUUUGACCCAUCUAGAGAUUGGCUAUGCCGGGUAAUUUCCCCCUUAUUUCAUUUAAAGCUUUAUCUGAAGGCACAGCAAUAGUCCUCUAUUGUCAAAAAUGUACUUUAAAGUAUUUUUCUAUUAACUUUUUGAAAAAGCUGUAUCAUUUUAUGCAACUUGUGAUAAAUGUGAUUUUUAUUUUGAAUAAAUACUUUUCAAAAUACAAA